UUCACUUUAGCACCAAAGCCUUGACUUGCCCUCUAAUUUUCCCCUUUGCUUUCUAUUUCUCAUGACAGCGAUAAGCUAUGGUUUACAUCCCAUAGUGCUUGCCCUGUUGUCCUUCGGAGAACACUGGUGGGGCAGGAAGGAAAGAUAUGCAGAUGUAGUAAUCAUCAGAUUCCAUAUGUAUCAGACCUGGAGUAUGAUCAUCUUAUUAACAACCAGAUGUCUGCCCUGGAACAAAUCAUGGUGAUCUGUGUGUCUUCUUCAUUGAAAACAAAUGGGGAUCCAAGUGAAGACAAAUUAGAGCAGCUCCACGAGAGGAAGAACAGGAACAGAAGUAUGCCAUGUAUUCAGGGUCGCCUGGACUCCUAUCGUCUCCUCAAAUAUGACGUCACCUCUGCAGAUGAAUUUACAGGUCAUAAAGGUUCAUUACUGGUGCAAAGGCAUAAUGUUGCUCCGGGCAUGUUUUUGAUGUACAUUCAGGGAAAGCUGCUCUUUGCCAAUUAUAUUUUCAAUGGAUAUAGCAAGUCAGCUAAAGACCUUCAAAAACAAAUAGCAAAGACCAGGAGUGACUACCAUAUGGGCUACUGUCUACCCAACAAUUUCAGAUUCAGUUUCCUAGAGGACAGCUUGCAGAGUUACUCUUGACAUACAAAACAAUGCCAAAAAAUGGGAAUUCAGAACAUGUUUCUAAACUUAUUUACUGAGUCCCUGACAGGUAGGGAAAAUAUCAGGUUAUGUGACAAACACUUGAGCAAAACUGUUGUGGUAUAUUUUUAAAUAUGAAAAUCUUGGUUGCAUUUUUUCUAGGGUUCUGAUUAUUCUCUCCCAAAUGUUUAAAUGGAUUUUGAGACAUUUGUAAAUAAGGGAAACAUGGUAACUAGGGCCUGGUAUUAUAAUUAAGAUAAGUUAAGCUGUCAUGGAGGAUAUAAAACUCCUGCUGAGAUUAUUAAAAGUUAGUAGUAUGUGUCAUUGAAAUGGCUGUUUUUACCUUUUAGUGAUGGAGUAGGAGAAAACUGAUGGAGCGCCAAUCAUCACACAGCCAGUAAGAUAUAGGAAAUCAGUCAAUUGCCAGGUGGAUCUCAUCUGGGAACUGGCAAAUUAUAGGGUUUGUGGACAGUCACUAAGGAGGACGUGAAGAAGGGAGUGUUUCUGGUUUCUGCAUGGAGAGGUUGGGUCAGGAUCAAGAGAAUGGUCAGGAUCAAUGGCUUCUCUACAGCAAGUUACUGCAUGGCAAAUCAGGAUGUGAAUAUAGAGUUCACCAGCUGCACUACUGCACAAUGAAAGCCCUAGAGUGUGGCAUGGCUUACAACGCUUUCAAGGAGUAAUACAGCAAGCUCCACUAUGGGAUUUUCACUGUGCUGUAGCAGUGUCCACACAGGACAUUAUUGCUCGGCAGCUUCUGCACUGUACUGGCUUGCUAGGCAGUAAAAUGCUGUGUAGACAAGCCCCAAGUUCUGCUUCCCCAUCUCUGAUACCUAUAUAUUCACUGUUACUAAACUUGUAAAUUCAGUGUGUGUAUAGUAACUGAUCAUACACAAUAUCUGAUGGUAUGUUCUUGUUCAUCAGAGAUCAGA